AUGACAGAUGCUGGAGACAUCCAUGUCGGGCACAUGUCUUCGGGCCAAACCAAGGGCCCGGCUUGCUUCACCUGCUGCGAAGGUCAGCAGAAUGCCAGGCUGGAUCGUGUUCCGGAAGAGCCGCUGGCCGAAGACUUCAAGUCAGACCAAGGUCUGGCCUUGGAAGAUGCCAGGCCCCUUGAACAGACGGCACCGCUGGGGGAGAGCCCAAACCAGGCAUCCGGUGAUGCGUCACAGCCACGAAGAGCCCUUGUGGAGGUGCAACAGGUCCGCCCAAUUUUUGAGCAGGAGCCGGAAGACGAGGUUCCGUCACCAGCUCCAGAGGACCAGGUUUCCGUCGAGUGGGUGCCGAAGCCGCGAUCAUCCAUCGUGCAGGCCGUGCCAAGAAAGAGGAACUCGAUCUCCGUCGCGCCGCCUCCGCCAGUGCGUGGCUUCGUGGCGCGGAAACUCGGAGAUCGGUACGAUUCGAGCUUCAUAAACUGCACCCGCAGAGUUAUCACAUCACGAGCGUGGGACGUGGCUUCCAUGCUGGUGGUGCUUUGCGCGCUGUUCCUUACCGACAUCUACGGCGUGGCUCAGGCUCCUGAGAAUACGUCACUGGACAUCGUGCUGAUGGGCUGCUUCCUUUUCUUCCUGGCCGAACUGCUAGCGAAUACGCUCACAAUCGAGUCGUACCUCAGCAGCUUCUUCUUCUGGAUGGACAUCAUAGGCACUGCCUCGAUCGUCUUUGACAUCUCCGUCUUUCUGGGCAGGGAUGUCACGCAGAGAGAGAGGUCCGGAGAGCAUUCUGUUGGAAGCGACAACGCCGUCUUUGCUCGUGCCUCGCGGGCAGCGAAGCAAGCGGCACGUGCCGGUCGAAUGUCGCGGCUGUUGAAGCUGCUCCGCUUCCUGCCUUUCCUGCAGAACAAAGAUCAAAGUGCUCAACAGGUUGCCAACGCCGUCUCCAACAAGCUGACGGUGAUGCUCGCCACCAGGGUGGCCUUUCUUUCGGUUUGCAUUGUUAUUCUUAUUCCGCUUGCCAGCACGUUCAUGUAUCCAGAGGCGGAGGAUUCAAUGAGUACCUGGGCAAUUCUCUUAUCCGGUGAUGUUGGAUCCUAUCUUGCGAGCCCAAGCACUGAUGGGAUGAGGAGGAUCAACGCACAGUUAGAGCAGUUUACCAGCUUCUACGUGAAUCUGCCGUACGGUCCUUUCGGGAUGUGUGUCAAAGCCACCGCUUCCGCCGAAUUCGACUGUUCAGGCUCGAUGACUGGCCUGGUCUUCCAGAGCACCUUCGUUGAGCCAGAGCGUCAGUCCUCCGUGUUUGAGGUAGAGGCCGCCUACGUCCUCCUUCUCUUCUCCCUCGGUGAAGUGAGAAGGUACGAGGCGCUCUCCAACCUCUGCUGUAUGCUCGUCGUUCUUCUUGUGAUGUUCCUUGGCUGUCUAAUGAUGAGCUCCAGUGUCAACUCCGUAGUCCUCAAGCCGCUGCAGCGUGUGGUCAGCGUCCUUCGAGAGCACUGCGCCGAAAUCAUGAAAAUGUCUUUCCAGAUCCGAGACAAGACUGAUAACGACAGCAAGGAGACGCCGGCACGUUUCCCGACAACGACCUCAGCAGAUGCUGAGGAAGGUGAGCUGGACCUGCUGGAGAAGGUCCUGAAAAAGAUCGUCAACAUCUGCGAGGUGGUUAUUCCGACCCGGAGGCGGGCAUCCAACCAGGAAGAGUUCGUGUUCUUGGUUGAUUACGGAGCAGAAAGCCGUGGGGGUGGAAUUGUCGCAGCACCCAUCAUGCGCUUGGAGACUGCGGAUACGAUCGAAGAUACCUCGGCUGGAAUCGACGAGGACAUGAAACAAAUGUUGGACAACAGAGUGUUGAAUGUGUUCGAGGUAUCGCCAGAGCAGCAGCUCAAAUUAGCUUUUCAUCUCAUGGCCAACACGCGCAGUUGCCGACGAUGGGUGAGGAAGCAGGCCUUGUCGGAGAAGCUGAUGAGCUUCAUUGCCGCCAUACAGAGCAGAUAUCUGAACAACCCGUUCCACAACUUCUCGCAUGGGCUGGACGUGCUUUCAGAAGCACGGCUGUAUCUGCACAGCAUCAAGUCCUACACGCUCCUGUCGGAGGUGACUGUAUUCUGGUUCUUAAUUGCAGCGCUGGGACACGAUGUUGGUCACCUGGGUGUCAACAACGUGUUUCUCGUCGAGACGUCUCAUGCACUGGCAUUGAGGUACAACGACAAGUCUGUCCUUGAGAACAUGCACUGCAAACUUUUGUUCGAGGUUCUUGGUGAAGCCAGGACGAACGUGCUGGAGGUCUUGGACAAGGCCGAUUACAAGCUUGCCAGGUCAGGCAUUGUGGAAGUCAUCCUGAGCACCGACAUGGUGCGACACAGCGAGGACGUCAAGGCCUUAUCGAUUGUGUACGCGAUGCACCAGGAGGUCUUCGAGGCGGCUGCGGAAGAUCCGAGCCAGCUGAGCCAAGCAUUACAAGAGGACUCGAAAAGCCGCUUGAAGGUCUUGUCAGCACUGCUUCACACGGCAGAUAUCUCCAAUCCGAUGAAGCCUUGGGCCAUCUGCGAGCAUUUGGCUGACCUUUGCUUGGAAGAGUUCUUUGCUCAGGGAGACAAGGAGAAGGAGCUUGGUAUCCCAGUGCAGAUGCUCAACGAUCGCGACAAGGUUAAUCGACCAAACUCGCAGGUGGGCUUCAUCGAGUUCGUCAUCGCACCUCUCGCGGAGCAGAUGGCCAUGAUAUUCCCGGGCCUUUCGUUCCUGCCCGCGAAUCUCAGCAAAAACACGCAAAAUUGGGCUGAGAUCUGGAAACAGGGGUCAAGUGCAUCCGCGGAGGAAAUUGAGAAGUUCGACGCGCGUAUAGCUAAAGUCACUGGUCGCUUCAAGGCCUUCAACCAGAGGCGGGAAGUUAACGUGAGGCAGUCACUUUCGGCAGCUGCCCGAGCACACAUUUGUGUCAUUGCAUCUAGUCAUGUUUCACGCGAGAGUACCCGAGGUGACAGCAGGCAUGACGGUCGGUAUCCUCAGGGGGUGAAGCCUGGCGACCAGGUCUCCGGAUCGGAAGGGGAGUACUUUCGGUACAAGCAUGUCUUUGUGAAACCACCGGAUGACGAGGAUCGGGUGGAAGCGCUCAAGAUGGCGGCAGACUUCAAGUGCUCCGCUUGUGAGGUCCUCCUCCAAAGUCUGCUCCAGCGUGCUGAGUCCAUGACCGAGGACCACAUCAUGGACCAGUUCGACGGUGAGCUUGAGGAGCUCCCAGAGUUAAGCGACAAUCCCCAGGAGAAUCGCGUCAAUCGCAAUCGGCGAGGUUGCAACAAGCACUUUAAGGACGAGCUGCUCCUGAGGGGAUGGUCCGCGCGAAAAUGUGCACCAGUCUCCGAAUCUGAUGCCGGCACCGGUCCAGAGUGGUGCCUGGAGCAGAGCGAACGCUUACCGACGGAGAGGGAUGUAGACACUUACCACGUGCGGAAUGAGGCUGUGUUCAUUGCCUGUGAGAGCACAGUUGGCCGUAACGGUGCAGAGAUGGCUGCGCAAGCCGUGGAGAUGAAGGAGGACGGCGCUGAGUUCUCCGAGAUCAUCCGCAAAGUCUGCCGUGAGGCCGGGCGCUGCGAAGCUCCGAGGAGAGGCAAGGGAAAGAAGGGCGAACUGUGA